AUGGCGGACCUGCGUGCUCCGUCGUCCCUGAGCGCCUACGGGAGACGAUCUGGCCCGGUGACGCCAGAGUAUCCCACGAGGUUCAGCUACGACACCGCCGAAAGGGGCGAGGCCAGCAUCGGCGCCCUCCUCAGCGCCCCUAUAUCGCCCGAACGACCCCUCGCCUUCUCCGACGACGAGCUUCUCCCCCGAUUCAAUCCCAGAUCCCGCGGCGCCGCCAAUGCGAGCAGCGCCCUCCAAGCCGGCCGGCCGAAGAGAAACCGAUCACGGCGAACACACAAGCCGCAGGCGAGCGGCGCCUUCUUACUCCAGGAUGCCGUCGUUGGCGACGAUGACUCGUCCAACCAGCGGCGCGGGCCCCGAAACACCUCGCAGCAAAAAGGAAAGGACCUUUUGGAGCCGUACUCCUCCAGCGUCCCUCGCGAAUUUGGGCUCGGCAUCGGCUCCGGUGGCGGUAAUCGAGCUCGGGUUGUAUCACCGGAUUCAUCUCAGGAGGAGCUCUUUGUUAACAAGCGACAUGACGGCCAUCGACGAGGUCGUAGACCAGCGGCUGCGCAGCAGGGCGCUGCGCUUGAUGUCGAUUCUACCCAGAUUGUCAAUAUGGCCUUGAAUCUGAGUGAAUCCCGCCGUAUAGCCUCACGGCGCAACCACAGCCGCGCGAACCCACCUCGUUUGGCACCCGUUCAAGACAAUCAGGCUGGCAGCAAUCUCAGAGCCCAUCUACAGCAACAGCGGAAAACAAGCCGGGGCAUAUCACCGAUGCCAAACCAAUCUCUACCAAACCAAGCUCUUACACCACGACUUGCUGGCGUGAGGUCUAGCAGUCCCCUCCGCUCUCCUUUUGAGACCACCACCGAUGCCCCAUACCGUUACCACUUCUCUACCUCAACACUAGCAAGAGCGCAGAAAGCCAGAGAACACCUCGAGCUCAUGGCCCAAUACCGGCACUUGCUGGCUGUUCUUCCUCCUCUCAAGAUGGGUUAUGAUAGGCCUGCAGGGGCGAGCCCACCGGGUUCACCAACAACUGAGAGAAAGAUGACCUCGUUCGGCAGCAGAGAAUUCAUGAUUCCUCUUGGGCGAGAGUACAACCCUUUGCAGUACAUUCGAAACCGAAAAGUUCGAGCGCGUGAAAGGAUGGUCAUCGAUGGCGAGAAGCAGGGAUUUGCCGAUGUCGAAUCGGUCAAGGAUUGGGUCAAUGAGGCAGCAGAUCGAGCAGCAAGAGACCUCCUUUCCAGCGACACCCCUGCGCUGCCUCCCUUCCCAGGUGCUGAGGACAUUGACCCGCAGAUGGCAUCGGACUCUGUUGCGCAGGCCGCCCUUCGCGUUAGACGCCCCAGAGUGGAUUGGUUCAUUGAGCCAUGCGAUUUGAUUGCAGAUGCUUACUGGCUAGAACAAGACCAUCACAAGCAGCUCAUUGAGGACAGAUUCUUGGGCAAGAUAUACCCACAGACAGCUGACAUCAGCCGCCCAAUGUCGAGACAGACCGAUGAAUUGGGGACGGGUGUGUCGCCUUUCGUCACCAAGACACUCGAGGAUGUGGACGCGAGUUCAGACAAGCCCCUCAGGAUCGAUACAGACACUUCCGAAACGGGCCACCGAGGCCGUACGAAGCAAAAGCUGCACGACAUGGGAUCAUUUCAUCGACAUACGAGCUCGACUCACAAUCACCAUGAUUUCUUGCGAAGGAGACGUGGUUCCUUGUCUGACUCUGGUAGUGAGGACGAAGUGAAGAGCGAGGGAAGGAUUCGACGGCCGCGCCGGGCAGGGACAAUAUCCAGUCGCGACAACGAACUUUUGGAGAAGCAGAUGCUGGAAAUGAUCGCCCGAGAGACGAAACAGCAGAGGCUUUCCCAUGUUCAGGAAACCGAGGCAGAGCAUAUGCAAGCUGAUGGUUCUGCAUUCCCCGAGCAUGUCCUCCCCCUGAAAUCGCCUGGUCUCCGGAAGUGGUCUAUAACAGAGCCUAGCGACUCGGACCCUCGCCUUGUGCAGGACAAAGGCGUGGUAGAGUCUUCGUCUCGGCCACAUCUGGGGAGAUACACGGGAGGAGGGUCUAAGCGUGGAAAACACCAUGUGGAAGACAUCGACUCUCCUCAGCCUAUGUCUCCUGAACUCAUGCCGCAGCAAAGUCUGUCAGCACCGCCAACUGGGUUGGAACUCUCUGCUCCAUCCAGUCGAUCCUCAUCUCCAUCAAGGAACCCCUUCACCAAGGUCAAGCAAAUAUUCCGAGACAAGAGUCGUGAAGAAGACGAUGAACAACCUGCCGACACCGAAUCGUCUAGCCGCCGGCCGUCUAUACCUGAACCUGCCUCACCUAUUGAGACAAAGCCACUUGAGCGACACCCGUCCAACUCGCGACAAAACUAUGAGGGCCACAAGUAUCAGCGCAGCGUGGGCAGUAUCAGACCAAGGGGCGACGAUCAGGUUGGUCUUCGAGGAAUCUUCAAGGGGCCUCGGAUCGAUACUGUAAUCCGAGGCGGCGUUUCAAGGCUGGGCGAUAUGCUAUGGAAACGGGAUAUGCCCUUGGAUCCGUCGACGGAGGCUUUCUCUGCCGAUGAAUCGGAUAAUGACCAAUCCAAGGGAAGAGCACGGUUAUCUCUCACUCUGUCCCGGUCGAAUUCAAGGCGAAACAAGCCCGAGUCUCAACCGGGACCGAAACACUUCUUGGACGCAAUGCCACAGUUCCAGCCCAUUGCCGACACACGCGCCCAGUCAGGACUGCCGGACAACCACAAGUCAUCAUCGACUGAUAUGAAGAAGCUGAAUGAAGCUAAGCCUCGUGGUCUUGUCCUUAGGCCACCAAAGCUUGAUGUGCCUGAUGAUACGGACCCGCGAAAAGUCGAAGAGGUUCCUGCCGAGCCUGAGAUGUCGGAAGCAGAAUCGUGCCGUGAGAGCGCCAGGGCUACAGAGAAGAACACUGAUGAGGUUGGACCCAUGGUUCGGUUUGAUGAGCCUGACAACUUCAAGGCUAGAAAGUGGUCCAUCGCGAACCAAGCCCUUCCCCAAGAGGGACACCUCUCCAAGAGAGAGAUUGCCCGACUACGAACGCUUAUUCUCACGUCUGGCAUCAAGGCUAUGGAGAUCUCCCGCCGUGCUCAGGAGCCCAAGAGGCCCCUUGGCAAGGAUAGCCUCAAGACGCUUGGCUGCUCAUCUCAGUCGAAUGUUCCAAGCGUGCCGUGGGUUGAGAUUGCUAAGCUGACUCCCAAGAAGUCACUGCCAUCUGAUGACCCGAUACCUUACUGUGAUCACUUUCCCCUGGCGAGCCGCACGCUGGGAGUCGCCAUCCAGACCUCGAUGGAGCAAUGGCAGACUUCGGCAGAUCGGUUUACAGGCCAGACUCGUCCAAAGUUGGAAGAGCGCAUCUGGUGUGUCCGCUCUCGUAUCGCAGAUGAGUUGUCGGGCAUGACGGGCGAAGGUGCGGACCAAGCUGACGAGACGGGCAAGGACCUUGCCCUGGGUCAACUCCUCAAGGUCAAGCACGUCCUCGACCUGAUCGAGAAGAUGAUGCGCAACAGACGCAGAAGGUUUAGAUGGCUCCGCCGAGGCAUGUGGUCCGUUGUCGAGUGGGUGCUCGUCGGCUUCAUGUGGUACGUCUGGUUCGUCGUCACCAUCUUUAGAAUCGUUCUGGGCCUCGGACAAGGCGUGUGGGGAGGCAUCAGGUGGCUCCUGUGGCUAUAG